GCAGCUGAGAGUCCAGAAGAGCAGGGAAGGCUGGGCUUGACAGUCUCAACUCUCUUCUUGCGUGUGUGUGUGAACUUGAAGAAGAAAGUGAGCAGAGGGCCUUUGGGGGGACUGGAGAAUCGUUGUGUGAAUUGUGAAGAUGGGAGUAGAAGAUACUCCCUGUUAAGAACUGGAGUCUGUUUUGAAGUUGGGAAAGCAAAACAUCCGAAGCGCAGAGAUCAUGGGAGCUGAAGAAGAAAUGCUCAUCACGCUGUCUGGAGGUGCCCCCUGGGGCUUCCGGCUGCAAGGGGGUUCAGAGCAGAAAAGACCUCUUCAGGUGUCAAAGAUCCGAAAGAGAAGCAAAGCAUGCCGCGGAGGCCUAUGGGAAAAUGAUGUGCUAGUAUCUAUCAACGGGAAGUCAUGUGCUGGCCUCUCCCAUGCUACUGCCAUGCAGAUCAUCGACUCCUCCAAUGGCAUGCUCAACAUCCGUGUGAAAAGGAUAGUUGGGGGGGACCAGACUGGCCCACGGCUCCAGCGCUCCCCUUCUCCAGGGCAGCGAGUGCUCUCCCCGCCAUCCCCGCUCGGCCCCCCGGCACAGCCACUCAGCCCUGAACCGGCAGGAGCCCCGGCCACUGCACAGCCCUCGCAGCCACGGAGGUCACAGAGGCACCUGGAGAGCCUCACCUCCCCGCCGGACAGUGAGGCCUACUAUGGCGAGACGGACAGUGAUGCUGACAAUGUGGCCCAGGAGAAGCACCGCCGGGCUCGCAAGAAAAGCCCACGGUCCCCUCCCGACAGCACCAACAGCAAGGCAGACGCGCCUCAGGAUGAAGUGUCCCUGUCCGAACAGAGCGGCUACGAGAGCAUGCCGGAGGCUGCUGCGCAGGGGACACCCGAGGUGGCCAGCUCCGUUGGGGUGGCCAAGAGGGAGAUUGCCUGCCUGCCUGGCAGCCGCACAGACACUCCAUUCUCGGAGAGCGAGGGACAGUUGCGGCCACCAUCAACAGAGGGACGGGAGCCUUCUCCAGAGGCGAUGCUCCUGCCCCAUGCCACCAAGACUAUCCGAGCAGAACGCCAUCUCAUCCCCAUGGUGGGGCCAGUGGAGCACCCAGUUGAUGAAGACCUAACCACCACGUAUGCGGAGAAAGCCAAGCAGGCCAAGCUCCAUCGCCACGAGAGCAUCCAAGAGAAGAACGUGAAAGAAGCCAAAACCAAGUGCAAAACCAUUGCAUCCCUGCUGACAGAUGCACCCAAUCCCCACUCCAAGGGAGUGCUGAUGUUCAAGAAGCGCAGGCAGAGGGCUAAGAAGUAUACAUUGGUAAGCUUUGGGAGUGUUGAUGAAGACCGCUCCUACGAGGAGGAAGACGGAGUUUUUCCAACUAGUGAGUCUGAAUUUGAUGAGGAAGGUUUCUCUGAUGCCCGAAGCCUAACUAAUCACUCAGACUGGGACAACGCUUACCUGGACAUUGAAAAGGCCAAGUCUGACUCUGAAAAGAAGGAAGAGAAGCAAAAAGGUUUGACUGAGGCUUCAGGUAAAGGAGCACGAUUAUUUGAGCAGCAGAGGGAACGGGCUGGGAAGUACACAGUCGAGAAAGUUUCGGCGCAGAAGAGCCCCCAGCUUGCCCCAGCCGCCCAGCCACAGCAGGGCACAGUGAACGGAGAUAUGCCUGUGCCACAGAAGGUAGACAGCGUGCCCCUCAGCAUCCACCUGGAAGGUGUGCAAGUGCCCAGCAAGCAGCCAGCCACCCUCCCUGCUCAGCUCUUGGCUCCCCCUAGCCCCACUUUCUUCCCACCUCCCCCAAGCACCCCUGACCCCUUCUCUGCAAGCACAACAAGCAUGUUCAACAGGUCUGCACGGCCCUUUACUCCUGGCUUUUCUAGCCAACGCCCAGCAACAUCCUCUGUCAUCUUCAGGCCAUCUGCACCCAAAAAACCUAGUGAAAGUCUGGCUGGGCAAAGCACGGUGGUUCCCCCUUUCUCACCUCUGGCUCCAGGAACACCUGCCAAUGCACCGGUGCCAACACACCGCAGUCCUGUCAGCUCCUCCACAUCUCUGUAUAUUCCUGCACCAGGAAGGCCAACACCACCUCUGGAGUCACAGCCAAGAGGGGGAGGAAGUGCUCCAGAGACUAAGCCUUCUGCCAACACUGCCCGGACAUCCACCACCUCUAUCUUUCUGUCAGCUCCUUCAAAGCCAGGAGGGGAGGUGGCCUCUGCAGCAUCCCAGCCACGAGUCCCUGGAACAGCCUCUUCUUCUUUGUAUAUUAGUCCAGCACCAUCACAGCACACAAUAAGCAGUUCUCCCGUGCCAAAGCAGCCUUCUCCUGCCGUCUCACCAGCAAUGCCACGACCUCCUUCUGAGCCCUUAACCUCCAGGGAGCAGAGGAUUGCUGUGCCGGCUCCCCGCACAGGCAUCCUGCAGGAGGCUCGCCGGCGGGGCAACAAGAAACCCAUGUUCAGUAAGAUUGAGGAGAAGAAGAAGAAUUCACCCAACCCUGAGCUCCUGUCUCUGGUGCAGAACCUGGAUGAGAAGCCGAAAGGUGACCACCAUGGGGCAGGCUUUGAGUCUGGGCCUGAGGAGGACUUCCUCAGCCUGGGUGCUGAGGCCUGCAACUUCAUGCAGUCCUCUGGCCGCAAGUUCAAGACCCCACCUCCAGUGGCUCCUAAGCCUCAGCAGCAAGAUGCUGGACUGGUAAAUGGGGCCCAGGACAUGCCUCAGCUUAAAGGCAAGGGGGCAGAGCUCUUUGCCAAACGCCAGAGCCGCAUGGACAAAUUUGUGGUGGAGACAACACCGAAGCCAGAGUCCAAGCCCAGGACCCCCUCUCCUUCCCCUUCUCUACCCUCAUCCUGGAAAUAUUCACCCAACAUCCGGGCUCCCCCUCCAAUAGCUUACAACCCAAUGCAUUCCCCUUUCUAUCCCCUGGCAGCCAGCAAAUCUCAGGCUAGCAAAGCAGAGAGCAAAGUGAAAAAGGCACCUGGCCAGAAAUCAGGGAUCAAGGUCAUUGAUUUAAUGCGCCACCAGCCCUAUCAAUUAAAGUCAGCCAUGUUCUGUUUUGGGGAUCCCCCAAGCCCCAGCAUUCAGGAGUCUCCUGGUCAGCCAGCCCUGCAGGCUAGCUCGUCCUUCACGGCAGCCAAACAGGUCCCCGUGAAAACAGCCAAGACCCAGGAGAUUCGUCGCUUCUCCACUCCGGCUCCCAUGCCAGCCUCAAGCAGCCUGGCACCCACCGUGCUUGUGCCCCGCUCGGCCACCACGUUGGAUGAGCCAGUGUGGAGAACAGAAAUGGCCUCUUCUGCCCCCACUACACUGGCGCCCUUCCAUGUGGAGCUCAGCCAGUCCCCUAAGCCAUACCAGAGCUCCCCAGAGCCCAGUCAGGUGGGCCAGGGGCCCUCCCCAAACCCAGCCUCGGCCUCUCGGUUUCAGGUGGCCAGGCCCAAAUUCUCAGCAGCAAGAACAGGGAUGCAGGCCAAUGUGUGGAGGCCGAGCUUUGGCCACCACUGA